UUUAACGACGCCUGCUAAGCCCUUUUUGGUUCAGUUGCACUUCGAAAGAUUAUUGUUUCCAAAAUUCGUUAAGUCAGGCGCGGGACCUAUCCGGAAGAAUAAACCUGUCUCAGUAUAAAGUCCUGAGGAUCUACAGUGACACAGUGAAACUUUACUACUGAGGUAGUACAGUACGGUGGAGGUGGCCUGCCACGCAGGAGAGCAUUUGAUUAAAGUGCUGGAAAGUUAAAUAUUGUGGAGGGAACUCCCCUGCGCAACUUCCCGCCUCUGCUGUGUUUGCAAGAUCUUUUCUGGAUAUUGGUGAUGUGCAUUGUUAUGAACACAUGAGGUUCUGCAGAUGCUGAAAUCUUGAACAACAACACCACACAGGAUGCUGGAGGAACUCAGCCGGUAACGCAGCAGGGGAGUAGACAGUCGAUGUUUCAGGCCGAGACCCUUCAUCCGGAUUGGAAAGGAAGGCGGGCAGAAGCCAUUCUGAGAAGGUGGCGGACGGGGGGAGAUGGGAAGGAGUACGAGCUGGCAGGUGCUAGCCAGAAGAACCCUAAAGUUUAUUUCCUAAACCGGGGAUGCAGAGCACUGCGAAUUACCUCUGGUUACUUAGUGAUGUCCUCGGGCAAGGAGCAACUGCAAGUGUGUAUAAAGCACGUCGCAAGCAAACUGGAGAUCAUUAUGCUGUCAAGGUGUUUAAUCAUGUCAGUUACAUGCGCCCUUACGAAGUGCAGAUGAGAGAGUUUGAAAUGUUACGCAAAUUAAACCACAAGAAUAUUGUCAAGCUGUUUGCCGUGGAGGAAGUGGGAAGCACCAAGCAGAAGGUCCUUGUGAUGGAAUACUGUGCCGGUGGAAGUCUACUCAAUGUUUUGGAAGAAUCAGAAAAUGCUUUUGGCCUUUCGGAAUCUGAGUUCCUGAUUGUGCUACAGAGUGUUGUUGCUGGCAUGAAUCAGCUGAGAGAAAAUGGAGUUGUGCACCGGGACAUUAAGCCGGGGAACAUCAUGCGAGUGGUUGGAGAAGACGGUCAAUCUAUCUAUAAACUGACUGACUUCGGAGCAGCCAGAGAACUGGAGGAUGGUGAACAGUUCAUGUCACUGUAUGGGACUGAAGAAUAUUUGCACCCAGAUAUGUAUGAGCGUGCUGUGCUCCAUAAACCCCAACACAAGAAGUUUGGAGUCACUGUGGAUCUGUGGAGCAUUGGUGUGACCUUUUACCAAGCAGCUACUGGCAGUCUACCUUUCAUUCCAUUUGGAGGGCCUCGCAAGAAUAAGGAGAUGAUGUAUAAAAUCACAACAGAAAAGCCAGAGGGAACCAUCGCAGGAGUGCAGCACAGAGAGUGCGGUCCCGUGGAGUGGAGCAAGGAGCUGCCAAUCACUUGCAGGCUCUCAGUAGGCUUGAGGCUUCUACUAGUUCCCAUCCUCGCCAAUAUCCUAGAGGCCGAUCAAGACAAGUGCUGGGGAUUUGACCAGUUCUUUGCAGAGACCAAUGACAUCCUCCACAGAACUGUGAUCCACAUCUUCUCAUUGCCGCAAGCUACGAUGCAUAAAGUCUAUGUCCAUUCCUACAACACAAUCAAUAUAUUGAAGGAUGCCAUUUUUAGACAGACUGACAUACCAGCUCCCGAUCAGGAGUUUAUUCAUGAAGGGCAUUGCUUGGAGCUGGACUUGGUCCAGCAGGUGAACUUGGUACCAAGAACAACAGAGGAGAGGCCAAUCAUUCUGGUGAGCAAGGAGCAGAAGGCACCCAUUGGAAUCGUAUACAAAGAGCCCGAGGUGCCAACCUUUCCACCAAAGUUUGACUUGAUUAGUGAUGCAAAUCUUGCAAAGACUGUGACAAGUGCUGUUCACCAACUGCUAAGGAUCACAAAAUCCCUAAUGAAAUGUCAAGACUUAAUCUUUCGGGGAUUAUACUGGAUGCUUGCAAUCUUGAAAGAGGACUGCAGAAAAACUAUUCAGCAAGUUACAACUUUGAAUCUGAAGUUGGAUUCCUGCCAGAGCACCAUGAUGACCAUGCAGAAGAUAUGUGGCCCACACUAUCGAACAAAUCCAGCUGAAGUUGGUGAUGUCCAUAUUAAGCUGCAAUCGACGAUGGAUUUCCUGGCAGGCAUCUCCCAGAAUGUUAAAAACAGUCAGAAGCAACUGGAUCUGAUAGCAGCGGAAUGGUCCAACAGCAGUGACAUCCAUCACAAAGACAAUACGACGAAACCAAAGCACCCGGAGCAAACCUACACGGUGACGGAGAACGUAAUCGGAAAAGUGGGAGUCUUACUUGAGAAAGUGUCCGCCAUUCACCACCAGCUCAAAAAAGAUCGAAUGAGAAUGAAGCUGCAGUAUAAUGAUGAGCAGAUCCAUAAAUUUGAGAAAAUCAGAAUGGGAGUCCAUGCCAAGAAGGUGCUGGUGUUGUUCAGAGACGAUUGUGUACAGAAGUAUCAGAAGCUGCUAACCUGUUUGAAGGACUGGAUGAGGAUUGCCUGUGACAUCAGGAAGCAACUGAGACCUCUUGGUGAACAAUAUGAGAACCUCAGUCAGGACCUGGAGAACUGUGAAGCUUAUUUGAACAAGAUACUGGACCAGAUCCUUUUGAGGCUUCAAGAAGACCAGCAAACCUUGACAAAAUCAACAGCCUCGGCUGUCUACCCUGACCAGAAAUGCAUGGAAAUGGUCAUCAGGAUGAAGCAGCUGAAGCAGGAGAUGGAAGACAUAACUCAGGAACUCCAGCACAACAACAUGAUCAUCCAAAGACUGAAUGAUGUUCAGCAGCCACGAGGUGUCUGAGGUUUGGGCAUUAAAGAUGAGACAAUGGAGUGAAGAAAGGCAAUCGUGUCAUGUCUUUAUAGACAUCACCAUGACAUUGGAAGGACCAGAAUUCCAUUUUAAAAACUGGACAUGUCUUACUGAAGCAUGGAGAGGCGCGAGUUCAGGCUUGUUGAAAUGUCAUAAUGUAAACUGAGUAAUGAUGUUGGGAACCUUCCUCCCAGUUUUAUUUUCAUGCCUAUAGAAACUAAAAAGUAGAGUGAUGAAAAAUACAAGAGCUAUAGCCCAUGUAAACAAUUGUUAGAAAGUCUACUGCUUGUACACCAGUGUAUGUGUGUAUUUGGGAGUGAGAUUGGAACUUGUAUUUAAUUUAAGCUUUGUAUGUACAGUUGUCUAAUCUUAAGUCCCUUUUUACUAAAAGAACAAGUGUAGACAGGAGGUUCUUGCCAAACUGCUUCGCGAUUUACUACCGCCCAGGGGCUGCUCUCUUUCCUCAACACAUCCUAUUUUUUGACUACCACUAUCUUUUGAUUUAUUAACCUGUGCCUUAAAUGAAAUCAGCAAUUGAAUGUCUACUCACCACCCAUAGUGGGAGGGUUGGGUGAUUAUAUUGUUAAACUCUUUGUACAAUACCCAGGGAACCCAGUGAAGUUGGAGGUUAAAACGGAGUCGCUUCUAUCGGUCCUCACAGUUGGAUGGCUCUGGAUUAAUAGUAAACCAGAUUCUCUUGUCAUCGUGUCAUGUUUCAUAACACUCCAAGAAAAUGGUUGCCUUGCACAGUGUCUGCUGAGGAGGGCUGUGGACUCCUCGUCCCUAGUUUCUGUUUGAUAUCAGGUUUAGGGAAUUGGUGUCAGUUGGCCAAUAAUGCCACCACUGUCAUGCCUACACAGGCUGAUUCCACAUUCCAGGAGAGAACACAGCAGCGUGAGCAACGUUAGUUGGCAAUGUGCCAACACAAAGUGCUGCUCAGAUCACUCAACCCCAGAAUCAAACCUGGUCCUCUCUAAUAGGUCAGUAUUGCACUAUGGAAAAACACAAGGCCAGUCAACCCAUUAAGCAUUUGAACAUUGUACCACUCAAACAGAUUAUGGAUAAUCUAGCAUCAAGCACAUUUUUAAUUUUUUUUGCCUCCUACUCCUUUGCUUAAAAAAAUGGAAAAAAUCAAUUCAUACAAAACCAACAUAUUAGAUUUGAGCAGAGGAAAUGGGAAAAUGCUCUGGAAUACUCAAUAGAUCGGGCAGCAGCUGAAGAAUGAAGAACAAGACUUGCAUUAGAAGUGGCACAGAGUGACACAGCAGGUUUUUCAGGCAGUGCUGGGGCAGAGAAAGUGAGAAGUACAGAAAACAAAAUGGCCGUGUGGUGAAAUGGGAAAUUGAUGGUGGUACAAUUAGAUACAAUGGCACAAGUGAAAGCUGAAGAGGAGGAGGAGUGGGAGUAGUAGAAUCAUUAUCACUAGAUAUGUUUUGGAAGACUGGAGCAGAGGUUACAACCCGAAACUUGAUGUUUCUAGCAGUCUUUGCAUUGUGCCCAACUGAAAAGUGGAAGGUUGUUUGACCUGCGUGAUAUAUUGAGCUCCUUAAAAGCACUGGCAUUCUUUUGAGAUUGGAGAAUUCCUGUUUUCUAUAACCUUUUCAUGGAAUAAUUACACCAGUUUUCCUUUACUACAAAUAACAGCUUACCAUAUAGGUAACAUGCAAAGUAUAUGCUAUUCCUGGGAAUUGUACUCCACCAGGACUGUUCCCAACCCCAACUCAUUCCAGACUCUUACACAGCCAAGUGUAUUAUGGAAAUGAUUCCAGGUUUAAAUGGCUUGUCAUAUGAAGAGUAUUUGAUGGCUCUGAGCCUGCAUUCACUGGAAUUUAGAAGAAUGAGAGGUGAUCUAAUUGAAACCUAUUGAAUGGUGAAAGGUCUUGAUAGAGUAGAUGUAGAGAGGAUGUUUCCUAAGGGGUUGAGUGUCUAGGACCAGAAGGCACAACCUCAAAAUAGAGGGACGUCCUUUUAGAACCGAGAUGAGGAAUUUCUUUAGCCAGUUAGUGGUGAAUCUGGAAUUUGUUGCCACAGGCAGCUGUGGAGGCCAAGACUUCAUGUAUAUUUAUGGCAGAGUUGGGGGGGGGCGCGGUGCAGGGGAAGGCAGGAGAUUGGGACCGAGAGGAAAAUUGGAUCAGCCAUGAUGAAAUGGUGAAGCAGACUCGAUGGGCCAAAUAGCCUAAUUCUAGUCCUAUAUCUUAAGAGUUUUAAAGGUAUAUUUCUUCUUCCUCUCUCAUUUCUUGUAAUAUUGCUAUUUAUAAGAAGUAUCUGGUUGUCCAUCUAUCUUAAAAUAUGUGCCUGGUGUCUUUUCUUUUGUUAAAUCUGUGAAGACCUCUACCAUGUUGAAUAUGUGUGCCAAUACAAAUUGUUUUGUCUCUACACAGUGGUUUUGGUUCAGUCACUGCCUCCAGUUCCAAUAUCCCAGCUGCUUGUGGUUUGCAGUGUGGAAAAUACAUCUAUCACAAAACAUGGAAUGGAAUGUACAUGGGGAAAACUGUAAA